AUGGGCUUACAAGGUCAACAACAAUCCUUUGGACCCGAAACCUGGACACGUGAACUGGUGGAUGCCCCAGAUAUGACAGAUAAAGAGACAAUUAUAUCCUUGUCAAAAAUGAAUUACAACUCGUAUACCGAGGUAGCCAGUCCAGGAUGGUAUGAUCUUGAAGACAACUGGGCAGUGAACUCGACAUUUGGUUGGGAAGAAGAUGGUGUUAGAGGCCAUGUAUUUGCAUCCAAGGACAAUACAACCUUAAUUGUUGCUAUCAAAGGUACCACGGCCGCACUUUUGGGUGGAGGUGGCCGUACUGCAACGCGUGAUAAAAUCAACGACAACUUAUUGUUCUCAUGCUGUUGUGCCAAGGUGGAUCGAACAUGGCGAGGCGUUUGCGAUUGUAAUACUGGCGGGUAUCAAUGCGAUCAGACUUGUAUCGAGCAUAGCGUCAGUUCCGACGACGUUUAUUAUAAUAUAGCGAUGGUAUUGUACACAACAACCCCCGAUAUGUACCCGAAUGCGAAUGUUUGGCUGACGGGGCACAGUUUGGGUGGCGGUCUCUCAGCAUUGCUAGGUCUGACGUUCGGUGUACCUACAGUGACAUUUGAAACCCCAGGUGACCGACUCGCAGCGCAGAGACUUCAUUUACCUGGACCUCCUGCGAUUAACUGGGAUGAGUUUCCGCUCUUCCAUGUGGGCCAUACGGCAGAUCCAAUAUUCCAAGGGGUUUGUAAUGGGCCACGAAGUGCUUGUUAUUACUCGGGAUUUGCUUUAGAGAGCAAAUGCCACACAGGCAGGACCUGUGUCUAUGAUCCAGUAGGCGAAGAUAACUGGAGGGUAGAUAUUCGGACACAUCGCUUGGCAGAUACGAUCGAGGGUGUGCUCAAAGUGAAAGAAGUGCCACAGUGUAAACAGGAGGUCGGAUGUGUUGAUUGUGGAUUAUGGAAUUAUGUGUAA